GUCAAACGGCCCGCCCUGACGUUGUUCAUUGAAGAAGAAGGACGGUCGGCUCACGGUCCUUACAAGAAAUUCGAUCAUGGCGACUAAACUGACCAAGCUUUUUGUCGGAGGGCUAAAUGUUGAAACAACAGAAGAUGGAGUACGCAAGUAUUUUGAACAGUAUGGAACGCUCAACGAAUGCGUUGUGGUCAUGAACCAGCAACUCGGUCGCUCCCGCUGUUUCGGCUUCAUCACCUACUCCACACCGGAGGAGGCCGACGCAGCAAUGGCGGCUAACCCACAUGUCGUCGAAGGCAACGACGUGGAACUGAAAAGGGCCAUAUCACGAGAGGAUGCUAACAACCCGGAUAUCCUCGCAAAUGUAAGGAAGAUUUUCGUAGGCGGCGUGAAAGACCACAUCGAGGCGGACAACCUGACCGAGUACUUCUCCCAGUUCGGCGUGGUGGAGAAGGCCGAGAUCAUCUCUGACAAGCAGACGGGCAGGAAGCGAGGCUUCGGCUUUGUCUACUUCGAGGACACCGACUCCGCCACCAAAGCGGUGCUGACAAAGUAUCACACUAUCAACGGGAACAAGGUGGAAGUGAAGAAAGCUCUGACCAAGCAGGAGAUGUCCACCGGUAGCCGAGGAGGAAGGGGUCGAGGAAGAGGGAUGUCUAACUAUGGCGGCGGAAGAGGAGGUGGCGGCUACGGAGGAGGCUACGGCGGCAAUUACGGAGGCGGCUGCGGCUAUGGUUAUGGCGGGGGCUACAACGGUGGUGGAGGAGGAUACGGUGGAUAUGGGGGAUACGACGAUUACGAUAACCAGAUGGGGGGUGGAUACAGUAAUGGUGACUUUGGGGACGGCUACGGACACCAGCACUCCAAUUAUGGUGCAGUGAAGGGGGGCAACUAUUCCUACAGGAGCGGGGCUCCAUACAACAGAGGCGGCGGCGGCGGUGGUUACGGCAGGGGUGGCGGAUACAGCGGCGGCUAUUAGUGGCUCCCUAAAGUUUUGAGAUUUUCAUGGGGAAAUUGUGAUUACAGUGAACUUGAAUUUACACGCGCGCGCACACAUACACAUACAUACAGACACACACACACACACACAAGCCCAGUUGGGGUGAGGGGUCAGAUAAAGGGAGCAGUACCCAUCACCCACAAAAGAAUGAAUGAGACUGUCCUCUGGAUCCUGGCUCCCCUGGACCCCAUCUGUCCUCUUAUUCCACACAUUCUGUACUUUACUACUAAGAACGGUGAAUUAUUGAAUUGUACUUUUAUUUUGGACUCAUACUUGCUUUGAACCAUUUGUAAAGCCGUAAUCAAUGUCAGUCACUGCUUCUCAACUAAGAAUUGAGUUUGUUUGUCUUGCAAACCAGCCAGAUGUGUCUGUUAUUUUUGCAUCAUGAACUCAGGGUUUUAAGUGAAGUUGGUGGCAGUGUCGGGCAGCAUUGGGACUCGAUUGCUUGAGUUUCUUGAUCUUAAACUUAAACGCACGUGACAAAGGUUUUUUUUGUUUGUUUGUUUUUGGUUUUGGGUUUGUUUUGUUUUUAUUAGACAUGUCAUGAACUGUUUUGUCACAUGUAAAAUACUUUUUCCACGUUUCCCGUCCCAUUACAGGCUUUUGUUUAGAUUAAAACUGUUUGAAAUCCAUGUGUUCGGUUCACCCCUAUGUUUAUUCUGCUUAUAUUAAAGUUUUUAAUGUUUUGAAAA